UCUAGCCUCUGUAACAGGCACAGCUAUUAGCAGAAAGACUUUCAAACCCUCUGCGGUCAUGUUAGCUCUGACUGAAGUUAUCUACUUUUUGUUCAGCAAACGUUUAUUAGCUGCAUGCCACACGCUUAACUGGCGUCAAUGUAGGGAGAAAGCACUGAACUCCCUUGGAGGUCUUCAGUCCCAAAUUUAUUCGCAAGCCAUCCAGGUUUAGAAGUUGUGUGCGCAACACUCGGUAUCUUUCUCUACCCGACUGCGCGGCUUUUCUGAGCGUUACGGCGCCCUCCUCCUGCCCCCAGCGCGGCGCAGGCGGGGACCCACCGGUUUCGCUCCGCGUUCUCAGCGGAGAAGGGAGGACCCUAGGGAACUGGACCUCCGCGUCUGGUAGCCCAGCCCUGUUUUGGCUUGGGCCCACAUGGAGGGGACUGCGGAGUCCCAGACGCCUGACUUGCGAGACGUGGAGGGCAAGGUGGGCAGGAAGACCCCCGAAGGGCUGCUCCGCGGGCUUCGAGGCGAGUGGGAGCUGGGAACCUCUGGGGACCUGCUGCUCCCGGCGGCACCCAGCACCGGCCACGGCUUGGGGGACAAGAUCAUGGCGCUGAGGAUGGAGCUGGCUUGCCUUCGAGCCAUUGAUGUGAAGAUCCUGCAGCAGCUGGUGACCUUGAACGAGGGUAUCGAGGCAGUUCGUUGGCUGUUGGAGGAGCGGGGGACACUGACCAGCCACUGCAGCAGUCUCACCAGCAGCCAGUAUAGCCUGACAGGUGGAAGCCCAGGUCGCUCAAGGCGGAGCAGUUGGGACAGCUUGCCAGAUACCAGUUCAACUGACCGGCUGGACAGUGUCUCUAUUGGCAGUUUCUUGGACACCGUGGCCCCUAGAGAGCUGGAUGAACAAGGACCCCCUGGGCCUUCCUGUCCUGAGAUUGACUGGGCAAAGGUUAUACCCAGUGAAGACAGGGCCCGGACUGAGGUGGACAUGACAUCCACUAAGCUUGGGAGCUUAACAACUACAUGGACGCUCCCAGGGGACAGGCUUCAAGGUGGACCACCUGAGAUAUCAGAGGAUGACAAUGCUAAGCAGGGCUUUGAGGCUCACUGGUACUGGGGACAGUGCCAAGAUGAUGUGACCUUCUUGUAAAAACUUUUCCUAUUUGUGCUUUGUGGCUCUUUCGACUUGUGGCCCGAGUCUCCCACAAUUUUCCCUCAACCUCCAACUAGACAGAAGCUAUACUGAAAUCACUUACCACAGAAGCCUAGCUGGCUUCUCCUUCUGGUCCCUGGAGAGCCUCUGCAUUUAUCCCUCAAUUAUUGGGUCCCUAGAGUUAUUUCCAUAGAGAUAUUGGCUUUAGAGACCUAGCCUGUGGCUCCUGAUGUAAGGGUAUCUCCAUGCCCCUCCCCAGUAAGGUGAAGUUUUAUGAAACUUAGGGCCUCUUGGGCAUCACUGAAGAGAUGGGGGAAAUAAUCAACUUAUCCAAAGCCUAGGAGCCGGGGAUGCCUCUUACAAAAAAUGGAGAACUGAGGAGGAGCAUUCAGGGCCAAACCUCCAUGGAUUGGCCCCCCUAGAUGCCUUUUGAGUUGGGAGACCAACCCUAUCCUGCCUGCUGAGUGAUGUCACUUCCUCUCCUGAUACAUGAAGACUGCUUCCUCUAUAGCAGUCUCGUUGGAAUGGAGGGUAUCCUAGUCCCUGUUGUCCUGCCAUUGUCUCUAAAGAGAGGGAAUGCAUCUCUAUUCCUGCAGAUAUCUAUGCUGUUUUUCUCAAGUUCUUAAUUUUCAAACAUGGUGUUUCAUUUUGUCCUCAAGGAUCUCACUUCUGUGGCUACAUACCUGUUCAGUGCUGCAAUGAUACUCUUACUGAGUGAGAACCUCAGAGGCCUCCACCUCAGCUCUCAGAUAUUCUUGGCCCACUUACUGCAGACCCCUGUAACCCCUGUCCUGCCCUGUCCGUGUUUCCUGCUCCAGAUCGAUCUGUCUGCCAGGAAUUCAGCUCGAGUGUCUUCACAGCUCAGUUUGCUCUUUUGGUCUCUGUAUUUUUAUGUGCCCCUCAUCCCACUGUUUGGAAAUUAGGAAAGUGAGUUCUCGGGGCUCUGGGGGCACUCUCAGAUGGGGGGACGAUCUUGUCUCUGACUCUGUGCUCACUCUUCCCUUGUUCUGGCCAUUCUUCCACCAUUUGGUCAUAAGGAUGCCUUCCUGAAGUUGAGACACAAGGAAGCCCAUUGUCUGAGCUCCAUUGUGGAACUGUGGCAGGAAAAGACAGAGGCCCUGUGGUCCCUGGGCCUCAUCAGGGGAAAGAGACUGGAAGCCCUGUAGGGAACUUGAAGGGUAAUUGGAAUUGACUCUAGAGUUGGAUUCCAAGGCCCUAGCUAAUUUCACCAGAGAAGAAAUUCAGGGAAAUUGCCAUACUGGGGCUCAGAGAAGGGGCAGGCCCAGAGAAGGGGGCAACAAAGGCUGUGAUUAAUAAAUAAAUAAGCUGGGCACUCAGGAGGCAUAGAGAGGCAGGUGCAUCUCUAUGAGUUCCAGACCAGCCAAGACUAUAUACAUAGUGAGACCCAGGCUCAAAAACAAAGAGCUGGCUGGUGGUGGCUCAAGCCUUUAAUCCCAGCAGACACAGGUGGAUCUCUGUAAUUCAAGGCCAGGCUGGUCUACAGAUCAAGUUCCAGGACAGCCAAGGCAACACAGAAAAACCCUGUCUCCAAAACCCAAAACCCAAACCAACAAAACAAAAACAAAGAAACUAGAGUGACUUCUUGGAGGUUAACCCUUUGAGUCCCAGGUAACUGCCCUGUCUUUCCAGGGUCCUGAAAUUGGAUUACUGGAGGGGAAAAGGGUAAUCUUUGUUCAGAGUACCCUACUGAGUUGGAGGAGUCUUCUCCCAAAACAGUCAUUUUCUGCUUUUCAGAAAUUCCAUGCUGGGGAAGGGAAGGUAACCAAAUUGAUUUUGUCUACUCUGGUCUCCCCAGUCCCAACGCCUCACUAGUUUUGCAACCACCAAACCCUACAGCAGUUCAGUCCCUGCUCUCCUAUAGACGAUCCUCUUCUUCCCUGCAGUCAAAGCGAUGCUAUUUUUACAGCGACCUCAGGCCUCUCCUUACUGUGCCCCAUAGUUCUGGGACUCCUGCUCUCUUUUCCUCAGAUCGGAAUUUCGGAUGCCCUGUCACAGUCCACAUUCUGAGCCAUCUAUAGUGUUCCUUGAACAGCCAACCACCUUUCCUCUUUGAAGCUGCUGCAUUCCUUUUCUGAGUUACAGUUCAUCUGCUAUAAACUUAGGAGCUGAAGAGGUUGCCUGCCUCCUUGUGGCCAGUAUGCAACAUUGCUGGAGUUGUUGGGUGAAAUCUCCGUUUAAACUGAUUCAAUCUAGCCUUUGAGACCAGCUUCCUCAUCCCACAGAGGGUUAGGCGGAGAGAUGGCAUAGAUUUGCCCAGUUCUGCCUGUUGUAAACUGUAGCACUGGGCAUGUCAGAGAACCUACUGCCUCCUGCAAGCCCACAGCUCCAUCGCUGUUCAUACUGCUCAGUCAACACCCCAGUGCCCAAAGGAAGAUUUGAGACCUAACUGAUUAUGGUGCCACACGUCUGGCCUGUAAUCCCAGCACUUGACAUGUGGAUACAGAUUAGGAGUUCAGCUACACAGCUGGCCUGGAGGAACAUGUGGACAAUCCUGCCUCGGCUUCGUGAGUGCUGGAUCACAAGUGUGAGCCACCACACUUUGCUUUGGGCAUCCUGUCUUGUCACCUUUAGACUCCAUUUCAUCAUCUGAGGAGUCUGCAGGUCCUUCCUGCAUGCCUCUAGGCUGCUUGGAUGAGGCUUGGAUGUCCUGUUAGCAUGGGCUUUUACGGUAUAGAUAGGAGCUGUUUGGGAGCUCGGGGAAGUGGGGAGAGGUAAGAGAUGCAGAGAGACAAGAAUGAGAUGGGGCAGGGUGAAAGCCUGAGCAGGGGAAAGCACACUGCUCUCCGAGGAAGCUGGGGCCAUCCUCAGAACCCAUAAUGCAAAGAUGGCAGCUGGGGAAACACCCAGGAGCCUGAAUCCAUCUGUCCAGGGGACAUGAGAUCAUGGGAGAGGUCAGGUGUUAGGUAUUUGGAGGGAACUGGGAGUGGUGGUAGUGGUAGUGAGGCUGAACCAUAGGUUGAAUGGAAGUUGAGUGGCAGUUUCAGUUAGAAAUAUUUGGGGUUACAGUGAACACAAAGUCAUUGUGGGUAUGGUGCCAGGUACAUGCUGAGUAUUCAAUUACACACAUUCAAAGAAUAAUGAAUGGGUACGUAUAAGCCCUCAAGGAAAUGUAAUGUAUGAAAAGAAAAUUAACCUGGUUUAUACAUUAAGCAUUUAAAAACAUUGUUUCUUAAUCCUAUAAACAGCCCAUUGUUACCAACAUAUUGUUGGAUAGAAAUUUGCUAAUUUCAGAUAGGUAACAUAUAAAUUAUUGUUGCAGAUGAUGAAAGUCAAGGUGAUUGUAAGGCCUUCCUAGAAAUCCAUAGCUCCUCCUCCACCCCCUCAGUCACUCUUUUCUUACUCUUCUAGGAGAUCAGGCAGUAUAUUGGUUUGCUGUUGCUGAUGUAAUGGAUUACCACAAACUCUAGUUAGGCUGGGCAUGCUGGCACAUGCUGGCAGGUCUAGCUCUCAGGGUGCUGGGGCGGGCCGGUUGCAAGUUUGAGGCCAAUUUAAGAAAAGGAAUCAGACUUGGGUGAAAACCCUUAGACUUUUUAAGAUCUGUGGUCUUGUGACCAAGAUGCAGGGUUUCUGUAGGCCGAAUCCCUGACAGUUUCUCCUUUACAGUACUUCUGUGUGUUCCUGUUUCUCCAGGCAGAGGUAAUUAUACUCCCAGGAGACUAACCCAGGCUCUCCCUGGGAAACACACACACACACACACACACACACACACACACGUCUCCUUUUUACAUUUUUUUAUUCCUUAGUGUUUAAUUAUUGUUGAUACUAGACCCAUUUCUUUCUCUUUUUUUAGUUCCUGAUGACUAGUCUCAAUCUUCUCUUGGACAUAGGUGUAUACUCAAAUGUGUAAAUGUGUCAAUAUAUGUUUGGAAAAGUAUCUUUAAAUAUAUAUGUGUAUAUAUGUGCUUAUGCAUGUGUAUAUGUAUGAUUCUGGGCUUUUACAUGUGUUAAUAUAUACAUAUGGUAUACUUUGGUAUAAACUGACUUCUAUAAUGACUUACUCUCAUAACACAACACAAGACUUAUUUUUCACUAGUCCCACAGAGCACAGAUAUUCCUAGUUGGACAGCUCUUCCCUGGGCUCUUCUCUCUGCCCAGGUCAGGCUCCACACUCCUCCCAGUUUCAGAUGAUGAUAUCCUGAUUCCUGCACCAUGAAUUUUCCCACCAACAUUUUACCAAGUUGUUUUACCAUCCACCAAUAACUCUUUCAUUUCACUGGGAUUACAAAACUGUCAUUUCCUGACACUAUUAGUACAUUUUUAUUUAUGAGCUCCAGUUCUGUACCAAAAAAAAAAUCAUACAUCAGGACCAUUUAGUUACUCUGAAAUAAAGUUCAUACCAGAAUGAUAA